UUCGGGGGGUGCGCGGGCGGGGCCGCCGCCCCCCCCCUGCCCCGGGCGGGUCCCGGCGCUCCUGAGGGGCGAGCGGCGCGGGGGGCGCUCCGCGGGAGGGGGCUCCCCGUCCUGUCCCGUUCCAUCCCGUCCCGCAGGCUGCUGCCCGGCUUUCCCCCUCCCCGUUCCAGACUCGCCGGGAUUCGUGUUGACACCGCGCCCCGGGAAGAUGGAAAUGAGGUUUGCUCCCCUCGCACAGCUGAAGAGCCCCGGCAGGGUGAGAGCGGCUCCAGCGCUGCGAGAUCCUCGGGGUGGGGAGGGACAAGCCCUGGGGCUGUGGGCAGGGAAUGUCCUCAAUCGGGUCGCUGGGAUGCUGAAGGAAUUUUGGUUCCUAUGAAGCAAAAAUACCACCAGCCCCAAAGGGGCAGGAGGAGGUGGAACUGGAGUUUAAAAAGCAACCAGGCCAACUUAAACGGGUUUCAAAGUUGCAAACUUGUAAGGCAGCGUUUUCACGGCUGGAUCCAGCCCAGUGUUUUGUGUUUCUCUCUUAAAAACAGCCUCUGGGACAUCUCAGCACCUUCUCUUUGCCAGUCAGAGUGAAGCUUCUCCUGGGGAGAGUGAAGACCCAUUUCAGUCGUGUAGAGGAUCCCACAGGCACAUAAAUGCAGUAUCUCAACGUAAAAGAAGAUUGCAAAGCCAUGGCUUUCUGUGCAAAAAUGAGGAGCACCAAGAAAAACGAGCUCAACCUGGAAGCUCAGCACCAGGGGCUGGAAAUCCUCUUCUACCUUCAGGACAAAGCCCCCAUCUAUUACUCCAGCGGCGAGUUCACCUCGGAGGAGCUGUGCAUUGAGGCUGCCCAGAAGUGUUCUGUGUCCCCUCUGUGCCACAACCUCUUUGCUCUGUAUGAUGAGAACAAAAAGCUCUGGUAUGCACCAAACCAGGUCUUCAAGGUGGAGGAAAAAUCAUCCUUCAGGCUCCAUUAUCGCAUGAGAUACUAUUUCACCAACUGGCACGGGACCAGCGAGAGCGAGCCCUCGGUGUGGAGACACUCCCCCAGGAGGGCCAAGGCCUAUGACAAGAAGCUGGCCCCAGAGGGGACCCCCAUCCUGGAUGCCAAUUCCCUGGAGUACAUGUUUGCACAGGGCCAGUAUGACCUAGUGAAAGGCCUGGCACCCAUCCGAGAUCCCAAAAACGACCAGGAGGUCCAUGAGAUUGAGAAUGAGUGUCUGGGGAUGGCUGUCCUGGCCAUCUCCCACGAUGCCAUCAAGAAAAACGUGAAGCUGCCAGAGCUUCCCAAGGACAUCAGUUACAAGCAUUAUAUCCCUGAGACUCUGAACAGGACCAUCAGGCAGAGGAAUUUCUUGACCAGGAUUCGGAUCAAUAACGUUUUCAAGCAUUUCCUGAAGGAGUUCAACAACAAAACCAUCUGCAACAACAGCGUCUCCCCUCGGGACCUGAAGGUGAAAUAUUUAUCCACCAUGGAGGUCCUGACCAAAUAUUACGGGGCAGAGAUCUUUGAGACCUCGUUUCUGCUGAUUUCUGCUGAGAAUGAGAUGAAUAAAUUCAACUGUGGAGACAACGAGAAGUAUGAAGUGAUGGUGACAGGGAACAAUGGCAUUCAGUGGAGGCUCAAGCCAAGUCCUGUCCAGACAGAGAAAGAGAAGAAGAAAAAAUCCGAUGGCAAAAGCAAAAAGGAGGAAGAGAAGCACAAACUUCGGGAGACGUGGAACAGCUUCUCCUACUUCCCUGAGAUCACCCACGUCGUCAUCAAGGAGGCCACAGUCAGCAUCAACAAGCAGGACAACAAGAGGAUGAGGUUUGCUCUCAAAAACCACAUUUUUGGCUGCUGCCUGGUUGGUUUUUCUCACUGCCCAUUCCCUUCCAGCACGGAAUAUGCCAUCAACAAGCUGAGGCAGGAGGGCAACGAGGUGGGCAUGUACGUGCUGAGGUGGAGCUGCACCAACUUCAACCACAUCCUGAUGACUGUGACGUGUCUGGAGGGCUCAGAGGUGAUGAAUAACUCAGGCCCCUACAAGAACUUCCAGAUCGAGGUGAAGAAAGGGGGGUACUUCCUCCAUGGCUCCAACAAAUCCUUUGCAUCCUUGAAAGACCUCAUGGAUCACCUGAAGGGACAAAUCCUGCGGACAGACAACAUCAGCUUCACCCUGAAGAGGUGCUGCCAGCCCAGACCCAGAGAAAUCUCCAACCUGCUGGUGGCCACCAAGAAGGCCCAGGAGUGGCAGCCAGUGUAUCCCAUGGGACAGCUGAGCUUCCACCGGAUCCGCAAGGAGGAGAUCGUGCAGGGAGAGCACCUGGGAAGAGGGACCAGGACCCAGAUUUACUCAGGGAUGCUCAGCCUCAAGGAUGACGAGAACGAAGGGUAUCAGAACGAGAGAGAGAUCCGAGUCCUGCUCAAAGUCCUGGACCCCAGCCACAGAGACAUUUCCUUGGCCUUCUUUGAGACAGCCAGCAUGAUGAGACAGGUGUCCCACAAACACAUCGUGCUCCUGCACGGCGUCUGCGUCCGCGACCUGGAGAAUAUCAUGGUUGAAGAGUUUGUUGAAUGUGGGCCUCUGGAUCUGUUCAUGCAUAAGAAAAGUGAAGUUCUCACAACCCCAUGGAAAUUCAAAGUGGCCAAACAACUUGCAAGUGCCCUGAGCUACCUGGAGGACAAGGAUUUGGUGCAUGGCAAUGUGUGCACCAAGAACAUCCUGCUGGCCAGAGAGGGCAUUGAUAGCGAGUAUGGGCCCUUCAUAAAGCUGAGUGACCCAGGAAUCCCCAUCACAGUGCUCUCCAGGCAAGAGCGCGUUGAGCGCAUCCCCUGGAUUGCACCUGAGUGUGUUGAAGAUUCCAAAAACCUCAGCAUUGCUGCAGAUAAGUGGAGUUUUGGUACAACCCUGUGGGAAAUCUGCUAUAAUGGAGAAACUCCACUGAAAGACAAGACCUUAGCAGAGAAGGAGAGGUUCUACGAGGGGCACUUUGUGCUGGCCACGCCGUCCUGCAAGGAGCUGGCAGACCUGAUGAAGCAGUGCAUGAACUACGACCCCCACCAGAGACCCUUCUUCAGGGCCAUCAUGAGGGACAUCAACAAACUGGAGGAGCAGAAUCCUGAUAUCGUCUCGGAGAAGAAACCCGUCACCGAGGUGGAUCCCACCCUCUUUGAGAAGAGGUUCUUGAAAAGAAUCCGGGAUCUGGGGGAGGGCCACUUUGGCAAGGUGGAGCUGUGCAGAUAUGACCCAGAAGGUGACAACACUGGGGAGCAGGUGGCAGUGAAAUCCCUGAAGCCGGAGAGCGGAGGGAAUCACAUCGCUGACCUCAAGAAGGAAAUUGAAAUCCUGAGGAACCUUUAUCACGACAACAUCGUCAAAUACAAGGGGAUUUGCACAGAAGAUGGAGGAAGUGGGAUUAAGCUCAUCAUGGAGUUCCUUCCCUCUGGGAGCCUGAAGGAGUAUCUCCCACGGAACAAGAACAAGAUCAAUCUCAAGCAGCUGCUCAGAUAUGCAGUUCAGAUCUGCAAGGGCAUGGACUACCUGGGCUCCUGUCAGUACGUGCACCGUGACCUGGCAGCGAGAAAUGUCCUCGUGGAGAGUGAGAACAGGGUGAAGAUUGGGGACUUUGGGCUCACCAAGGCCAUCGAGACGGAUAAGGAAUAUUACACCGUCAAGGACGACCGCGACAGCCCCGUCUUCUGGUACGCCCCGGAGUGUCUGCUGCAGAGCAAGUUCUACAUCGCCUCCGACGUGUGGUCCUUCGGGGUGACGCUCUACGAGCUCCUCACCUACUGUGACUCCGAGUCCAGCCCCAUGGCAGAAUUCCUGAAGAUGAUCGGCCCCACGCAGGGACAGAUGACGGUGGCACGGCUCGUGCGGGUCCUGCAGGACGACAAGCGGCUGCCACGGCCACCCACCUGUCCUGAGGAGGUGGAUCAGCUGAUGAGGAAGUGCUGGAUCUUCAAACACGAUGAACGCACCACCUUCCACAACCUGAUCCAAGGAUUUGAAACAAUCAUGAGUAAAAUGUAAUUACUUUUUAAAAAAUCCUGUCAGGACUUUAAAUGCCCAGCAAACUAUCUAUGCCCAAGGCUAUUCUUUUUUUUUUUACUCCUGUAAUUUGUACUCUGGCUGGGCUGAUGUGGUUAUAAAGGAUUCUCCCAACAGACUGAAGAGUUGGAUUAAAAGAAUUUAAAAGGUUUGGGCAAAGUGAGCUCCAGCUCCCUUGGCUGCUGUUCCUGCAGGGCAGUUUUGUCCUGCUCUGCUUCUGGUUGUGCCACAAGUGCAAUUGCCCUGAUGGAUGAUGUGAGCUGGGAAAAUCCACUGCAUUUCUCAGCUCAGACCUCAGCCAGUGGCUGUAGGAGAGCUCAAUUAAUAAUUUCAAAGUCGUCUGACAAAAUAUCCUUCACAUGCACUUAAAUCCUGGUAGCAAACAAAACAACUUUGGCAUAAAAAUAAACGGGAAGCAAAAUGUUCAGCUCUUUUUAAACCCAGCAGGCCCCAGUCCUGAGCUCUUACAGGUAUUAAAAAAAAAGUGUUCAAAGCUACCACCCAGGAGUGCAGAGGGGUGGGCACAGCUGUGCAUUUCAGUGAGGAGCCCAAUUUUGGGAUAAAUAAUCUGCUUUUCCUAACUGCACACCCACACUCUUCCCCCGGAGCUCCCAGCCUGGGGGCACCCCUGGAGGGGUGAAUGUGCACCCCUGGUGCUGAGGGAUGUGCAGGGAAGGAGCCCAGUCCAUGCCCAGAACCUGGAGAGGAGCAUCCAAAAGGAAAAGGCCUGAGCACCCAGGGGUGGCCAGGGACUGGGAACCCCACCAACCAUUUUUUUAAAGAACAUUUUGACUGGAACCUUCUGCUGCCAUCAUUUUUCCUACCACACCUGGAGUUGGAAAAAGCUCUGAAGAGAUCCUCAAGUGUUGGCAAUAAUAGAAAGAGGUCUAUAUAUAUAUAUAUAUAUAAAUAUAUAUAAAAAGUGGUAAUUAUGAGCUCCAAGGAGGUCAGAUUUAUUUUUACAGUGUUAUUGUUUCUGUAUGUCACUUAGGAAGCUGAAUUUAAUCUGUAAGCACUUUGUUACUCUUUAUACAAACAAGUCUAAUAAAUUUUUUUUUCUCCA